UCUCUGCUGAUAAAGUUCAAUUAUUAUUUAACAAUGAAUUGUAAAAUAAUAAAUUUAGUCAUUUGUAUUGUGACAAUUCCACUUUUUUGUCACAGUCAAACAAUAUUAUUUUACAAUGAAAUUGACUCAGAAGCAAAUGAAACAAUUAUUGAACCUGAUCAAAUUGAUUUUCAUUGUAAAAUUUCCAAUACAACAAAAUCACUUCAUCUCAAUUACACGGAACUUAAAUAUCUACCAAGCAACUUUAUUGAUUAUCAAGUACCAAUAAAUUGUAUAAAUCUUGAAGGAAAUCAAUUAACCUAUAUUCCUAAAUUAUUUUUUGAAAAAUUUCCAAAUCUCACAUUUUUAAAUAUUGCAAAUAAUUACAUAUCGACUUAUGAUUUAUUUAGAAUUGAACCAUGUGAAAAAUUAGAAACCCUUAUAAUGGAUGAUAAUUCUAAAAAUGAAUAUCAAUAUAAAUCAAAUCUAGAAAAUUAUAAUCGUUUUCCAAAUUUAAAACAACUUUAUCUUCGAUCAAAUCAAAUAAAAUCAUUGGGACAGGCACUUCGAUUUUAUAAUUUUCCAAAAUUGACACACUUAUAUUUAUCGAGAAAUACAGAAAAAACGGGAUCACUACAGGAUAGUGUGGUGAAUAUUCCAAAAUUUUUGCUAUAUUUAGAAAUUGAGGACAAUGGUAUUUGUCGUUUUAAUGGGACAAUUUUUAAAAAUAUCACCCAACUUCACAUUGGUGGGAAUCAAUUUUUUUCCCUUGGAUCAUCAUUGCAAUAUAAUUCUUAUCUUAAUAUUAAAAAUAUGACAAAUUUAAAAAUAUUAACAGCUACACGUUGUGAUAUGAGAAAAAUAAAUAACGACGCAUUUGAUGGUGUAAAAAAUUUAGAAAAAUUAAAUCUCUCCAUUAAUUUUAUUGAUGAAAUUAUUGAUAAUACUUUCAAAAAAUUGACAACAUUAAAAAUUAUUUCAAUGAGUUACAAUAGAUUGAAAAAAAUUCCCAAAGAAAUGUCACUUAAAAAUUUAAAACAACUUUUUUUAAAUUACAAUUUUAUCGAUACAAUUGAAAAGAAUUCAUUGGAUAAUUCUCAUAAUUUGGAAAAAUUAUAUCUAAGGGGAAAUAGAAUAAAAACAAUUGAAAUAAAUUCAUUUCAAAAUUUGGUAAAAUUGACAAAUUUAGAUUUACGAGAAAAUGAAAUACACACAUUUUAUAUAAAUUGGGCUAGUAAUUUGAAAAAUUUACAUAAUUUAAAUUUAAUUAAUAAUAAUAUUUCAUCGAUAGAAUUUUUAUAUUUGGAAAAUUCUUUUUUGAAAAAUGUCUUUUUCAAUAGUGGACAAUUG